AUCUCACCGGCUUCACACUCUCCAACAUCAACACCCCUAAAUCCUCAUCAACCCAUACUAUUAAACACCACAACCACAAGCAACAACAACAACUACUUCACCACCAAACCUUCCUUCUUCUUCUUCUUCAAUGGCGUCGUCUUUCUCUCUCCUCACUUUCUCUCUCUUCAUCAUCCUCUCCCUCUCCUCCGCCAUAGCCGAUGAUGACCUCCUCAUUCGUCAAGUCACCACUGAAGAUUCUUCUUCAUCUUCAUCUUCUCCAAACGACCUUCUUUUGAACGCUGAUCAUCAUUUCUCUCUCUUCAAAUCGAAGUUCAAUAAGAUUUACUCGUCUAAGGAAGAACAUGAUAAUCGAUUCUCGAUUUUUAAGGCGAAUCUACGCCGUGCGAGUCGUCAUCAGACGCUUGAUCCUUCGGCUGUUCACGGUGUUACGAAAUUCUCUGAUCUUACUCCCAGAGAGUUUAGACAAAAGUAUCUUGGUCUUAAUGGAGGUAAAAGGAAGUUGAAACUUCCGUCUGAUGCUAAUAAGGCUCCUGUUUUGCCUACUGAUAGUCUUCCUGAGGAUUUUGAUUGGCGUGAACAUGGCGCUGUUACUGAAGUCAAAGAUCAGGGUCAAUGUGGAUCUUGCUGGUCUUUUAGUACCACUGGAGCAUUAGAAGGUGCUAAUUAUCUUGCAACCGGGAAACUAGUUAGUUUAAGCGAGCAACAGCUAGUUGAUUGUGAUCAUGAGUGUGAUCCUGAAGAACGGAACUCAUGUGACUCUGGCUGCAAUGGUGGGUUGAUGAAUAAUGCGUUUGAAUACAUACUCAAGUCUGGCGGUGUUCAGCGAGAGGAAGACUAUCCUUACACUGGAUCUGAUCACGGUACCUGCAAAUUUGACAAAAGCAAGGUUGCUGCAACAGUGGCCAACUUUAGUGUAGUCGCCCUUGAUGAAGACCAAAUAGCUGCCAAUUUGGUGAAGAAUGGUCCCCUUGCAGUGGGUAUACAUGCAGGUUACAUGCAGACAUAUAUUGGUGGGGUUUCUUGCCCAUUGGUUUGCUUGAGGAGUUUGGACCAUGGCGUGGUGUUGGUUGGCUACGGGUCUGCUGGCUACGCUCCCAUAAGAUUCAAGGAAAAGCCAUAUUGGAUCAUUAAGAAUUCCUGGGGCCCUAACUGGGGAGAUCAAGGUUAUUACAAGAUCUGUCGUGGCCACAAUGUUUGUGGCGUGGAUUCCAUGGUCUCGACUGUUGCUGCUGUGAACAUUCACGCUACCCAGUAAAGUUGAAGUGGCUAUGUUGGUGUUGUCGAUUAGGUUAUUGGACAACACCCGUUGUAAAUACCAAAGAUGAAUUUGCUGCAGUUACAGUAAAAUGUGUUGAAACUCUCUAUUUAAAGUUCAGUACUCAGAGAAGCUUUCGAGCUUUGAGUAACUUAUUAGGAAACAGAACUCCUCAAGUAUUUUUUUUUUGAGAGUAUGUAACUAAUACUUGUUCUAGUAUUAUUGUGUUCAGCACAUGAUUAUAUUACUUUGCUGUUGUUUGGAUGCA